CGUUUGUUUGCCACUCUUCUACAGAGAACUGUAGCACGUUGUAUGAAUAUUAACUGUGCUGGAGUUUACGCUAACAUUUAUUAGUUAUUUAUCAUUCAAAUACAAAAGGCUAGGAUGCAGCAGAUAGCCAGAGAGGACCUCCCAACCUGAUAUCCACCUACCCUUUUGCCCUUCUUUCCCACAAUGCUCUGCCCUGUCCGAGGAAGGCUAAAACUCCUUGUUGCCACAGUGAUGCUUGGGACUCUGCUGACAUGGCUAUAUUUGAUUGUGGGCAAUUUGGAAAAUGGCAAACUGUUACUUCUGUCACCAUGUUUUGGAGAACAAUCAGACCGCUAUAUGGAUCGCAACACCCUGGAGGCUCGUAUAAAGGAGGUGGAGGAUGAAAAUCAGCUGUUGCGCAAACAAUUAAGCCAAUCCCAGAACAGGCUACAGGAUGGUAACAAUGAAAACCAGCAGUGGGCGGCAUCUGCUGAAGAGGGAGAGUCCACAGUGGAAGACAGAGGAAACCGUACUGAAUGUGUGAAGCGACCAGUGGUGGAGAAAUGUGAGUUGAUCCAUGUGGCGAUCGUAUGUGCAGGACACAAUGCUAGCCGUGAUGUGGUCACUCUUGUAAAAUCCAUCCUCUUCCACAGAAAGAACCCACUUCAUUUCCAUUUAAUCACAGAUGCCGUAGCCCGCUUAGUGUUGAGUACCCUCUUUCAGUCCUGGAUUGUGCCAUCUGUCCAAAUCAGCUUCUACGAUGCAGAUAACUUAAAGUCAGAGGUGGCAUGGAUUCCAAACAAGCAUUACUCAGGGAUUUAUGGACUGAUGAAACUUACGUUGACCAAAGCGCUGCCCUCUGACCUUUCCAAGGUCAUUGUUCUGGACACCGACAUUACCUUUGCCACUGAUAUUGCUGAACUCUGGGCUGUCUUCCAGAAGUUUUCAGAUAAACAAGCUAUUGGACUGGUAGAAAAUCAGAGUGACUGGUACUUGGGAAAUUUGUGGAAGAACCAUAAACCAUGGCCAUCUCUUGGACGUGGAUUUAACACAGGUGUGAUACUAUUACUUUUGGAGAGGUUACGACGGAUUGGCUGGGAACAGAUGUGGCGACUGACUGCAGAGAGGGAGUUGAUGAGUAUGCUGUCUACAUCCCUAGCAGAUCAGGACAUAUUUAAUGCUGUGAUAAAGCAAAAUCCAGCACUGGUUCACCAGCUUCCAUGUUUCUGGAAUGUACAGCUGUCAGACCACACUCGCUCUGAACAGUGCUAUACUGAAGUGUCCGAUCUCAAGGUGAUUCACUGGAACUCUCCUAAGAAACUGCGGGUGAAGAACAAGCAUGUGGAGUUUUUCCGUAACUUGUAUCUGACAUUCCUGGAGUAUGAUGGAAAUUUGUUGCGCAGAGAGCUGUUUGGGUGUGUCAGCCAGCCUGACCCCAAAAGCAUCAAAUUACAGAAUGCUCUGGAAGAGUUAGACGAGGAUGACCAGUGCUACGAUUUCCGCAGGGAGAGAAUAAUGCUACACCGGAUUCAUCUCUUCUUCCUGAAGUAUGAUUACACACCCACUACAGAUGGUGCUGAUGUAACUCUAGUGGCUCAGCUGUCUAUGGACAGAUUACAGAUGUUGGAGGCCAUUUGUAAGCACUGGGAUGGACCCAUGAGUUUAGCUCUGUACAUGUCUGAUGCAGAAGCGCAGCAAUUCCUACGCUAUGCCCAAGCUUCUGAGGUGCUGAAAAAUCGCAAGAACAUUGGCUAUCACAUUGUGUACAAGGAGGGACAGUUCUAUCCUGUCAACUUUCUCCGGAAUAUUGCUCUGAAGAAUGUUAACACACCAUAUGUAUUUCUCACAGACAUUGACUUUCUGCCCAUGUAUGGACUAUAUGAAUACCUCAG